AUGGAAACUGCUGCAUCCAUGCCUGGAUUCUCAACCAUAUCUCCACCAGUCUUCAAUGGAGAAAAUUAUGAAACCUGGGAAAUCAAGAUGAAGGCAUUCGUGGAGGGAGCCGAUCUAUGGGAAGCAGUGGCUGAGGAUUAUGAAGUUGCUCCUUUGCCAGACAACCCAACAAUCAACCAGAUCAAGUAUCAUAAGCAGAGGGUGACCAGGAAAGCCAAGGCAAAAUUGUGCCUAUAUGCUGCUGUAUCUCCUAAUAUAUUCACCAGGAUUAUCAGGCUUCAAUCUGCAAAGGCUAUAUGGGACUACUUGAAGGGGGAGUAUGAGGCAGAUCAAAAGAGAAAAGGUAUGAAAGUGUUGAAUUUGAUGAGAGAGUUUGAAAAACAACAAAUGAAAGAAGAUGAGAGUGUCCAGGAGUAUGCUGAUAGAUUAGUGCAGAUACAGAUAGCAAACAAAGUGCGGGUGUUGGGAACCAAUGCAAGUGAUGAGAGAUUAGUGCAGAAGAUCUUAGUCUCUGUACCAGAGAAGUUUGAAACAACCGUAGCCUCCAUGGACAACAGUAGAGAACUCUCAGACAUUAAGCUUGUUGAGGUUCUCAGUGCUCUGCAGGCCCAAGAGCAGAGAAGGAUGAUGAGGAAGGAAGUACCAUUAGAGGGAGCUUUUGCAAGCAACACUUAA